AUGCGUCUGAGUGCCGCACUCCUUCUCGCUCUGACACCCACCUUCGCUAGCACUGGUGCUCAGCCAACUCAGCAACCUACGCCAGCCAAGAUCGCUCUUUCCAAACCCUCUGACACAGACGGAUUCACGGAUAUCCGUGCCCUGGAGGAGCAUAUCGACUACUUGAGCAGCAAGUACGCGCACGCGCUUGGGAACUACGACCAGAACACCGGCACGAAGCAUCCUCUCGUGGGAUCUGACCGCGGCCGGCGCGCCUCAGGGGCUGUUCCUCUGAAGAACAACCAGAAUUUCUCGUGGUACGGAGAAAUUUCUGUCGGCACUCCACCGCAGACGUUCAUUAUAUUCGACACCGGCUCUGGCGACUUUUGGCUGCCUGGCUCGAGAUGCAAGUCUGGCAACUGCAAAGGUCAUGCACUGUACAACCCGAACAAGAGCUCUACCGCAAGCUACGAAUCCGGAACAUUCCAGCUGGACAGCGGUGUGGGUGCCGAUGUCAAACGCGACGUCUACCGAGAUACGGUUACCUUGGGCGGAGUGAAGAUCUCGCACCAGGAAAUCGGCGUCGCUAAGACGUAUCCCCGCAGACUCAGGAAAGCAAAUUUCAUUACGGAUGGCAUUCUUGGUCUCGGGUUUUCAGAGUCUGCAGAAUAUACGCAGUCUCCUGUGAUCCAGACAAUGCAGCAAGGCCAGCUUGGAAGUCCGGUCUUUGCUUUCAAGCUCUUGGCUAGUGGAGCGAAGCUUGACGUUGGCGGGAUUGACUCGAGCACGUACACCGGGGACAUUGUAUACGUGCCCGUGACAACACUCUUCGGCUCCUGGCAAGUUCGCGUGGAGAAUUUGACCGCAAAUGACGAGAGCUAUGCUUCGUAUUUUACUGCUGUCGUCGCCAAUGGAGCAUCCGCCAUCUUCGAACCACCGGUCAAGUAGACGCGUUCUACAGGGCUGUCGGCGGGACUCGUUACUCUGAGCAGUAUGGAGCGUACAGCGGUGAACGCAACAGUUGGCACGCUGUCACAUGGCACUUGGAGGCAGAAUCCCUCAGCAUCAACAUAUCUUUUGGCGGUCAGACGUUCGAGAUUUUGCCGGAGACGUUUGUGUUUCGUGGAAAUCCCAAGCUUUCCCGCCCUAACGUCUGCAUCGGAGGUAUCAUCGGCCAGUCCAUGGGGGACCAACCGUCCUGGGUAAUCAGUGACACGGUCUUGCGUAAUGUUUAUACCGUGUUCGAUGCAGGAAACCCUCAGAGUUUGGAUCUGGAACCGCGCAUCGGAUUUGCUCGCCUCGCGUGAUACAUGCAGUGCUGGCUUCGUACGUCUUUGGUUAACUACUAAAUACUGCUUAAAUAUUAUGUUU